UUUACGCAACUCGGCUUACGCCGUUUUAGCUGCCGGCGUGGGCCGGUCACGUGAUACGGCGUAAGCCGGUUACAAGCAAAUAAAGUGGAACCGGCUUAUUUCAAAAUGGCAGCAUUUGUGGUUGGUUCAUAUGCUUUGGUUAAACAAAUCCUCUCUUGCGACGAUGACGAUGAUGAUCUGGUUGUUUUAUUAGGAAUUGCGGGAAUUGAAAGAGAAGACAGGACAAAGUCGCUACAGUACUACGAGGUCACAAUCCAGCAGUAUCUUCCAGACACCUUCAAGCAAUUUUUUAAAGUGACUCCUGCAACAAUUGAACAUUUGUGUCAAAAACUAUCAGAUUGUCCAGAAUUGUCUGAAAGAGUUGUUCCAGGUGGGAGAAAGCCUAUUCCACUUGAGAAGAAAGUUUUAAUGACUAUUAGGUACCUGGUAUCACAAGAAACUGUUAGAGAGCUCAGCGAUCACUUUGGUGUAACAGAACAUAGUUUUAUUCGAUGCAAAAGACAGGUCAUUACUGCUGUAAACGAUCAACUUUUUUCUAAGCUUGUCACCUGGCCUAAAGCAAACUGUUAUCAAGAUGUUGCCCAAAGAUUUGAUGAUAUGGGCGCUUAUAGUUUUCCAAAUGUUCUUGGGUGUAUAGACGGCUGUCACAUACCAAUCACAGCCCCUCAUGAAAGCCCUAAUUGUUAUUUUAACCGGAAACAGUUUCAUUCUGUCAUUCUGCAAGGUGUUUGUGUGCAUGAUUUAACAUUUACAGACAUUAAUGUGGGCUGGCCCGGCAGGGUACAUGACGCUAAAGUGCUACGGAAUUCAAAUCUUUGGGAAUCUGGCUUUCAAAAGAGUGAUAAUGGUAGAUAUCAUUUAUUAGGGGAUGGUGCAUAUCCACUAAAGCAGUGGUUAUUAACGCCUUACAGAGAUAAUGGACAUUUAUCGCAACAGCAGGUUCGCUACAACAUUUCCUUGUCAUCAAAGCGCCAGGUCAUUGAGAGAGCGUUUGCAUUGCUGAAAGGGCGUUUUAGGAGAUUGAAAUAUGUAAAUAUGAAAUAUAUUGAGGAAAUAUGCAAGACAAUUGUUGCUGCCUGUGUAUUACAUAACAUUUGUAUUAUGGAACAUGAUGGUUUUGAAGACAUCUUAAACAAUGAGGAUAAUAAUCAAGUCCAAUGUAAUGAUCCUCAGUUUUUUAUGCAAAAUGAUGCGGAAGGUCAGCUUAAAAGAAUUAAUAUAACAAACAGGCUACUUGUGUAAGAAAGUGAUUAUUCUAAACUGAAAGUACUUUUAAAUAUUCAUGACUCAAACAUUUUCACUGGCGUUGUUUACAUUUCUAUUGCUUGUCCAUACAAGAAACGAAUAGUCAGAUUAAAAA